GUACUUAGGGAAUGGGAAUCCAUUAUGGCUAUGGAAACCAAACACUGUGGGGAAGUUCUCCAACGUCACACGUGCUGCUGUGUAUGUCAUAAGUAUGGCAAUGAUGACCAGUGCCAUUUUCUCUUUCCCCAUGAAGUUGUCGACCAGUCAUAUUAUGAUGAGGAAAACAAGUCCAUUGUCUUGAAGUGUCGCGACAGCACUGUGAAUUACUAUAAUCCCUACAUCCUUGUGUUUUGCAGGCACAAUCAUGAUAUCAAGUGUAUUCUCUCUGGAAAAGCUGCAAAGGCUGCCAUGUUUUACAUCACAGAUUAUAUCACAAAAAUGGAUCUCAAGACUCAUGAGAUGUUGUCUCUAAUG